GGGAACCAAUCGCGAGCAGCCGACUGCUAUCUAGCUUCCCCGGAUGUUACUCGAAGCGCCACCCGGCCUUUAAUCUUCCGUUUUCAGGUGACAAGAAGAGACGCUUCUUUCGCUUCCGCGCUUGCUGAGGGGGGCUGCGUGUGCGCCUGCGCUCGGUAAAGGAGGGGUCUUCCCGCCCAGCGGCCUAACUGCUGCGCCCUUCUCUCGCCGCCAUCUUGUUCCUCUCGCUUCAAACCAGCGACUCCCAUCCAGCCCCGAAGCGGCCGCCGGUCUCCGCCGGGACGGAACAUGGCGUGGCCCAAGCCGGGGAGAAGCCACCGCCGCGUCCUCAGCCAUCCCCGAAAGGCAUCCGGAGCGGCCGGGCGACGCGGGGCUGAAGCGCUGAGGUGAGCAGCCCUGGGCGCACCCGUCACCAUGGAGCCGAGCAGGGAGCGGGAGCAGGCGGCCCCUCGCCUCGGCGCUCGCCCGACCGCCUUGCCGCCGCCGCAACCGGAGGCCGACGCCCCGUUCUCGCUGCUGCGGCUCUUCUCGCAGCUGCUGCAGCGCCUCGUGCCGGGCCAGGCCGCUCCGCUCUUCUGGCUCCAGUCCGAGGCCCACGCCACAGGGCUGCCGCCGCUGAUCGCAGUCCAGCACCAGCUGCGCCUGGUCGCCGCCUCCUCCUCCUCCACCUACGUGCUCGGCGCUGCAGACAAGGGCUCGCUGCCGGGCCCUCUCAGCGCUGCUUGGGAAGAGCUGCCCGAGCCCCGCUCCGCGCUCUCCAAGCUCCCCGAGAUCCUCCAGCAGGUGCAUCUGCGUGGGAGCAAGGCCGGGCUCGGCGCGCAGGACCCCGACGGCGGCUACUAUAGCUUGGAGGUAGAGGAGCAGCAGCAGCAGCAGCGGGACUCCUGGGCCCCGAAAGACUCGUUGCCUGCGGAUGGCCGUGAGGAGGAAGCUCAGGAGCACCCAGGCUCCGGGGAUGCCUGCGGGCGUCCUGGUGCGGGGGAUCCGUGCGGGGAGGAGGGUCUUUCCGAGGCCCCCUCGGACUCGGACAUAGAGCAAGAUAUCCCUGCGGUGACUAGGCCUGCGUGUCCUAACAAAUUGAUCGAUUACAUUCUAGGGGGUGCUUGCAGUGGGGAGGAGAGCGAUGGGGAGGAAGAAGGCUCGGGCGGUGAAGAGGAUGAAGACGACGACGACGACGGGUUUGACAGCGAAGGCUCCCUUUCCGAAUCCGAUGCCGCCAGCCAGGAUGGGGAAAACAUUCACUUGUGGAACUCCUUUUGUAGCCUGGAUCCUUACGAUCCUCGGAAUUUCACAGCAGCUGUUCGAACUGCUGGGAACACACCCGAGGAAGCGCCUCCUGUUGAGUCAGAGGAGGUGGAGGAUACUUCCUCGUGGACUGAAAGUUCCUGGGAGGAAGAUGAGUGGGAGUCCAGCAGCGUGGAUGAAUCGGAAAACUUGAAAUUGUGGAACUCUUUCUGUAACGCUGAGGAUCCUUACAACCCUUUCAACUUCAAGGCACAGUUUCAGACUGCAGAAAAGAAAGGGAAAAGUGGCUUGAAAGGACCGACAGGGACAGGCCUUGGACCCUCUCAAUGUAGCAUCUUACUUAGCUGUCAAGUGCACCUGAUCGAUAACAGAGACACUGAGGUUACGGAAAAUGUGAAGCAUGGUGUCCUUUCUAGAGGAAAGUGUAAGAAGAAGAAAAAGGUAUGUAUUACAUUAGUUUAUUAUGCAAGCAGGAGGUGCCAUUUAAAUAUAUAUGUGUAUCCUUCCCGAUUGACCUGUAGAGUGGCUUACCACAGAGCUAAACAUAUGGCUGUAGGGGGUUGUACUAGAUAACCCUCAGGGUCCCUUCCAGCUCUACAAUACUAUGAUUCUAUACCAAAGUAAGUUCUGGGAGGCCUACAACGGUAAUAGAGAAACUGGCCUUCCAUAUCUUUUGGACUACAACUCUCAUCAGCCCCAACCAGCUUGGCUAGAAGUCAGGGAUGAUGGAGUGGUAGUUGAAUGAUAUCUGUAGAGGUGCAAGUUCCCCAUUACUGAACUAUGACCUAAAUUACUAAAGUUAUGGUGUCACACUGUGGUAAUUCCUGGCAUAGCUGACUUGUUCUUUCUACUUUUUUGAAAUUACUGUUCCUAAAAUAGUACACUCUUUUUUUGCCCAGGACUGAGCUUAAAAUAGAGUAUCAAGUUGGGUAUCACAAAUUGGCUAUCAUGGGGCCAGGAUAAAUUUCCAUAGAACUGCUUUGUAGAUUGAUUAAUCCUGUGGCUGGAAUAAGAAUGUAAGAUGCCUUGCAAGAAUUUGUCUUUCUCUUCCACUUGCAAGCACACAUUGUGAAAUCACAUUUGGGAGCACUGUAUGUAUUGGGGCAUGGGAUACACGUUAUACCAUGUUUCUUAGAAGAAUGGAGAUUUCCUCCAAAGCUAGCAUUACACCAACAAUGCAAGUUAGUACUAAAAUUACAAAGCUGCACAUGAAGGCGUUAAAUUUGUUUCAAAGUGAUUUAUGCUUACUUGUCUUACUAUUUCCACUUCUGUACUUGCCUUGCAUUUCAGAACUUCCCUUCCCUUCAUUGCAUUGUAUCAUAUUGUAGAUUCUGUAAGAAUGGGGAGUUGACUCAUGGGUGACAGGCUCCAUGUGACUGGCAGGAGUUGUGCACCCUCUACUUUCAGUCACAAUUCAGCCACUCUGUUUUAUCCUAGACUCCAUUCUCUCCCCGCCUUCCCUUGAUAAAUCCCAUUGAUUUAUGUGAAACAAAGCUAGAAAUGCUUUGAAGUAGUGCAAGUGUGGGCCUCCUUGUGCACCAAUCUGUUCUUUCAAGCCUCCAGUCUGUUUGGGCUAACAAUGAUUAGCUGCCAUGGCUUUCUGAGGAAUUUAAUACAAUUACUUGACUCAUGCUUUGUUUGCUUAAUGUUGUUCUGUCACACCUAGCUUUCCUAGGAGAAUGCUGUAGUGCAAAAUUAUUGUUAAUCCUCGUGGAUACUUAAACUUAGCACUGUUCAAUGUAGAAACCUCAGAAAGGAGAACUCUUCCUUGACACAUUAGAAUGCAGUAUCAAUCUGUGUAGUCAUGUUUGAAACAGUCUGUUUUGCUGUAGUUAUUUGUGCUGCUCAGCAAAAUAACUAGCAGGUGCAUGUAAUUGCAGCAGAAUAAACACUUUCAGGGUCUUCAGAACUGACAAAUACAUUGUGUGUUUUUAAAUCAGGAAACUUACUCUAUUUAGGAAUAGGGCAAGUGGCCUUAAGCUAGGACAAGCUGGAACUUUCCAUUCAUUUAGUUGUGUUGCUAUUUGUUUAUGCAUUCCCCAUGAUGUUUUACCUUAAAAUUCAUUGUACAGUUACAACAAAAUCAAGAUAAUUAUCACAAAACUUCUGUUGUUUUCUUUAUUUAAAAGGGAGUAUUUAUAAUUAGAUCAAAAUUCUAUUCUAGGCAAUGGCUAUAACUUUUAGUUUUUAAUCCUUCUUUUUCUCCAAAAAAUGCAUGGUUCCUCCUAAUUUAUAUUAUAUUUCAUUUAUAUUAUCCUGUAUGAUAGGUUACACACAGAGAGAGUGAUCAACCCAGUCUUCCCAGGCCUAGUUUUGCAGCCUACACUUGUUUUUUCUGACUCCUGUUAUAAAGCGAGGGGGUUGGACUAGAUGACCUCCUGGUCCCUUCCAACUUUACAAGUCUACGAUUCUAUGAAAAUAUAGGUAGACUGCAAUAACAUGAGAAUGAUAAAGUGGUUAAUAAGCCAUUUCUAAAAUCUGCACAAUUUAAGUAAAACUCUAUGACCCUGAUGUGCUACUUGAGCUUUGGUUUGCAUUAAUGUCAGUGUUCUCCUGAGAGAUUUAUGUUGUGGGUGUCAUAGGCUGCAAUCCAAGCCCCCUUUGUGGCUGGCUUGGGUGGGUAGAGGAUGUUGGACUGGGUGGAGACAUCUCUUCAGCUAACCCUCCUGGCAUGGCGCUCCUUGUUUCACCCACCUUCAGCAUCUCUGCCAGUGGUGGCAUUCAGAAAGCCCCAAAAUGGCAUUCUAGCUACAGAAAGGGCUGAAGGGCUGUCACAUGACAGCAUUUGACUGAUUUAGGUAUGAAUGCAACACCAGCUUGUCAUAACAGCUUGUCUGUCCCUUCCACUUCUGUUCUGAGCCAAGGUUGGGAUUGCCUUGUCCAGCUGAACUUUGAUAUUAAGGAUUGCAAUACAGUUAGGAACUAAGGGAUGUUUAACAAAAAAUAUGCAUAAUAAUUCAUGAUGCCUAGAUAUACAUGGAUUACCUUUCUGUUAACCAAACAUAGAAUUUCAGAAAUCCCUGGAGUGGUGAAAUUACACAUUUUAACUCAACCUUCCCUGUAAAUCGCUCACAGUGACUUCUCUCAAAACAAAUUCAACCCCCUUGUGUAUUUCUUUCUAGUGAUUCAGUAAACGAACAAGGAUCUGUGUGCAAUAUAUACCUUAAUGUUACAUGACCUGGUAAUGGUGCCCUGGAGGAUACCUUGGAAUGAUGUAAAUGGCAAGAAAGCAUAAAGCAGAGGCAGAAGCUGAUGUAACUAUCUAGGAUUCUUGUGUCUCACUUUUUGAAUGAAGAUUAUUAUAAACUUUAAGGGACCUGAUAUUAUAAAAUAUGUAUGGGUGUGUAUUACAUGCUCUAAUCUUGACAGAUUAAGGAAUUCAAGUAUUAAAUUCAUAAUUUCUAGCUGUAAAAUUGCCUAAGUAAUAGUUGAUUAAGACUGCUUAACAAGCAGUGUUUGCAGUGCUGUUUAAAGAGAAGGGGGAAAGGGCAAGCAGCCAUGUUAGUCCUUAGAGAGAAAUCCACAAAUAACACUAGGGUAAUAAUGUUAUUAGGUCUAGUUAAAUGAUCACAGUAAAGUAAAAAUCUUUCAGAUUAAUAAAAAAUAUUUAUCAGAAUGGGAAGAAAAAGAGAUUGCUUAGCAAGAUGAAAAAGCCCUAGUCUGCACAGCAGUUCAUAAUAAUAGACUGAUCCCUUUGAUGUAUCUUGGACAGCCAUACACAGUAGUACCUCUGUUUAAGAACAGCCCUGUUUACAAACUAUUUGGUAUACAAACUACACAAAACUGGAAGUAGUGUUCCCGUUAGUGCACUUUACCUCGGUUUACGAACAGAAGCCGAACAGUGGAAGGGCACCAGCGACGGGAGGCCUCGCUAGGGAAAGCGUGCCUUGGUUUAAGAAUGGACUUCUGAAACGGAUUAAGUUCAUAAACCAAGGUACCACUGUAGUCGUAAACGUUUUAAAUAAAUGGUCUCUUCUGACACAGUUGAUUCAUACUGGCCUUGGAAGGAGACCGACAUUCGAGAUUGCUUCUGUGUGUUCGUCUAUAGUGCUGUGAGUGCAUUUUUGUCAAGCUGGGGAAAGAUUUCAUAACACAUCAGAAUUUAAAUGUGAGCUUUGCUGACUUCCAUCAUAUGACGUCUGGAAACUUCCUUCAUAACUAUCUGCAAGUUGGGUAGGUGUGGCUUGGCCAAAAUGGCCUUGUGGAUCAAAUGGAAAGGCCCGGCAAGCCUAAUUAAAACAGCAGGCCAGCGGUUCAGUAUUGUUCAUGGCUGCUAUCCAUUGUGCCCCUUAACCCACAAGCACUGAUCUCUUUAAUACACAUGAAAAUGAAUAAAAUGUAUUGCACAAAUGUCACAGUUUAGUCCUCUCACCUAGGUGAUAAAUACUUGGUAACUGCGUAUUUAUGUUUUUCCUUUACUGUGCUUUAAAAACAAAUGUAGAAUUAAAAUAGAUGCUAUUUAAAUGCAAGUUGAUUAUUUGAUCUAACUUUGUCUCAUGUAGGUGACCUUCCUUGAAGAAGUUACUGAGUAUUAUGUGAGCAAUGAGGAAGAUCGGAAAGGACCCUGGGAAGAAUUUGCACGUGAUGGGUGCCGGUUCCAUAAACGAAUUCAAGAAACUGAGGCUGCUAUUGGAUAUUGCUUAACAAUGGAGCACAGGCAGCGAAUAUUUAAUAGACUCCAGGAAAUGUUGUGAAAUUAUGUUUUCUAGCACCUUAAUAAAGUAUAAAAAUAAAAGGGUAAUGCAUUUUAAUGACACAUGAGCUUCUUAUUAAAAUGGCGGCUGCCUACAUGAUGUAAAAGUUGGGGGGCAGUAGUAAUUUAAUGCUGCAUCUCAGUACUCUGCAACAGAUAAUGCUGUAUGUGUAUGGAUGCAGGCUCCAUUUGGUAUCAUCAGGCAUGAUUAGUGCAUAACUCUUCCCUUCUAAAGCCAAGUGUAUCUGCUUUGGCAGAAGCCAAUCCAGAGAUGCUUCUCUCUGCAUGUGCAAAGAGUGCUCUCUCACAUAUAAGACAGACAAAUGUAUGAGUGUGGAUUUUUUGCACUUUUUAAAAGGGAAAAUAUUUUGAAGUAUAUUUAUUGGGUUUGGAACCCAUCAAUGCAGUUCUGAUUUAAAGUUUGCAUAUUGCAGUCUAUUCUUUUUUAUUUAGAGCUUGUGUAUAAUAGAAAUUGCAAAUCUUAUAAUAGUACAGUGGUACCUCGGGUUGCAGACGCUUCAGGUUACGUGAAUUCGGGUUGCGCACCGCGCCGAACCCAGAAGUACCGGAACGGGUUACUUCCGGGUUUCGGCACUCACGAAUGCACAAAAGCACUGAAUCGGAACCCAUGUGUGCGCAGACGCGGCGUUGUGGGUUGCGAACGUGCCUCCCACACGGAUCACGUUCGCAACCCGAGGUUCCACUGUAUAUCAUUCUUGAAUCAAACAUUACCCAUCCUAUAUGUAUGUAUUUCUCAUACAGUCUCUAAUGUUCAAAAAGACAAGAAUGAUACAUGUUUGUUACAUCUUUAGUUUUAAAGUAUUUGCUUGUUCCAAGUCAUUUGCAAUAAUCUGCCUCUCAAACUGUACCAUACUUGUCUCUUAUGAUCAACAACCUGAAUUUAGGCUGCUGAAAGAAGGUAACUGUAGUAUCACUCUUAAGAAUGGAUUGCUUAAAUUCUAAGACAGUUCUGCUUAUACUUCUUGGACCGUGCCCAGCUAACACAUCCUGUUACUGCAAGGAAUUCUGCUUAUAUAAUAGGAUUUCCCCCCCUCCUCCCCCACCUGCACCUAAUGCCAUCCCCAAGGGUUGGAAGAACCCCUACAACAGAUUUAGGGGGCAGUAUCAUUGGCACAAGUGGAAAUUCUUACACUGAUGGGACUGUGACAUAGCAUUCCUUUGGCUACAACCCCAAUUCAUACAGGCACCUAUAAUCAGCUGAGCACUGUGAAAAGAAUAAAGCAAGAUGUUAAUUUGAUUAGUCUCUGCUCUAGUACACAGAUAUAUCUACACUCAUAGUAAAUAGGAUUUAGUCGUUAACAAUUUGUAAUUCCCAUCAGCUAUGAUGUUUACAAAAAAUCAGUAUUAAUGCAAUUGUUCACAAUAGCAUCAUAACUGGUUGUAAGUCUAAUUCAGCAGCUAAUUCUUAAUGCAUUCAUGUGAUUUGGGAUGCAUCCCGUCAUGUAGCUAUUGGUCAAAAAUUCUGUUUGUGUUACCAAGAGUUGGAUGCAUGUUUGUAUUACAAACAAUGACUUCAUGGCCUAGAUAAAAUAGCUCAGAGUCCAGAGAUUUUGGAGUAAAGCUCGGUAUGCUACUCUUAAUAGUACAACUAAAAAUAGUGCUCUCUUCCUUCUGAUUUAAAGCCACACAAACAUUAAUUGGAACCAUUUUGCCCUAUUUAUACCCUGAACUUUUUCAGUUGUAAAUUCUAAUUGGAUAAGCAGUUCUCUUUACAAAAAUAAAUCAAUACAAUACACAUGGAGGGAGGUGUUUAUGAUACAGAGGUGUUUCUGAUUUUUGAUAGCUUUCAUUCACAGUAUGCUUUAUUUUAGACAAUGCUUAUUUUGAAGUGGUAUUUUUUAAGCAGGUUGAGUUGUCAGCAAUGGCCUGCUGUAGAAUUUCAUUAAUCGAUCUGGAUCUGUGCUAUGACUGCAAUCCUGUAUACAUUUCCCUGGGACUAAGUAAAAUCUGAACUCUGGAUUAGGCUAAAUAAGGAGGGGCAAGGGAAUCUUUCUCUUUUAAGGGCUGCAUUCAUUUGGAGGUAAUAUGAGAAUAGAUGCUAGAAAUAUGUGUAGCCUCCCCCUUUUCUCUAGCAAAGUGCAUCUCCCAUCUCCCUGUGUUCAGCUCAUUACAAAGUGGCAGGAUCAUCUUUCUAUAGAUUAAUGAUUACACUGAAAAUAGAAAAUCUUCCCACUUUGAUACUAUUUUAAUUACUGUUUUUACUAGUCAUCUGCAGAAUACUGGGUAGAAAGGAGAUUCUAGUUCUCAAUUUGAAGCCAUAAAAACAGGACAGCAGACUUCCUGAAAUAGAAUUAGUCCAUUCUCUUUCUUUAGAAACAUUUAAUGGUGCUAAAUGUGGCAAUGAAGUAUGUCUUUCAGCUCGUUUUUUUCAUGAAAACCCACUGCUUCUAAAACUUUAAAUCAAAACCGUAAUUGAUCAGAAUUUUAUUUUUAUAUUGUUUUAGGAAGGCAAAGUUAAGAGCCAGAUAACCUUUCACUUUAUACAGAUUUAAGUGAAUUUGAUUGUAUCUCAUUGGGAUUUUAUAUUUAAAGUUAUAUUUCUGUAUAUAAUAAAACAAUUUCCAACUAAUCUGUAAAAGUAAUAAAUACUUUGCAAGGU